ACAUGCUGAUAGCUUGUUGUUAGAGUAUAUCACUUGAACCCCCGGCACAGAGACAAGUGUCUUUUUUGACCGCUCAAGACUUGGAGAAUAAUAAUGUAAAGAGCAUAUAUAAGCCUUCGUUUGAAUUGACAGAUCAAGAGUUAGGUAAGACGAGCUGAACAAGAAGCUUUGAUUCAUUUUACAAAUGCAUACAGGCGCUAUUCAUUUGGGGUAGUAUACUUUUGCACCUUUGGUCUGCUGGGAAUCGGCUGGCUUGUGGACCUCGUCCGCAUGUACUGGCUGGUGAAACAAGCUAAUGAGAAGGCAGAGAACCCUUGGCUCAGGCAACAGUUUUCCAUGGUGGAUGCCUACGUUCUAUGGUUUCCUUUUGGCUUCUUUGGAUACCACCUGUUUUACUUGCAGAGACCGGCACAAGGUAUCCUAUACAUCACGACAGGCGGGUUCUUUGGUGUAGGCUGGCUUGUCGAUCUUUUCAGAAUUCCUUAUAUGGUCAAGUCGAUGAAUGCUUUGCCCGGACCCUACGAAAAAGACCGACAUUUGGUAGAGUCAGGAUGUCUCACCUUCUAUUUGACAGGCAUCGCCGGGUGUCACCAUUUCUACCUGAAGAGACCCGUGUGGGGUAUCCUCUACACAUUCACCUUGGGACUCGCUGGUUUCGGUUGGCUCUACGACUGGUUCCGGUUCGUGAUCUUGACCCGAAGGGCUAAUGCUAUAAAGAACGGCACCCUCAGUUCCAGUAAAAAGUUCAAGGACGACAUCUUCAUCCUCUGGUUCCCAUUGGGUAUUCUUGGUUUCCAUCACUUUUACGUCCACCGCUACGGGUGGGGCUUCCUCUACAUCUGCACGUUCGGUCUCUUCUUCUUGGGCUGGUUCGCAGACAUAUUCCGCAUUUGGUCCUUUGUUGACGAGUUCAACCGUCAGGAAGAGGAACGUGAGCGUGAGACGAGGCAACCAAUACCGACAUGUGCGCAACAGACAAACGUGCCAGCCCACCCUUUGUCAAGGGAAGUGCCGGAAGUAGGUGGCGCGACGGCGACGUCACAUCUUGGACCGUCACCAGGGUUACCGGCGACGGCACCUUAUCAUUGGUUACCAGGAAGUGGUGGGGAAAGAACGGAUCCAGGCAUUGUCGAACAAG